CCUCUCUGCCCUCUGCAGGAUUAUUAUAAGAUAAUUAAAACGCCGAUGGACAUGGGAACAAUAAAGAAACGCUUGGAGAAUAACUACUACUGGAAUGCUCAAGAAUGUAUCCAGGAUUUUAACACGAUGUUUACAAACUGUUACAUCUACAACAAGCCAGGAGAUGACAUAGUCUUAAUGGCAGAAGCUCUAGAAAAGCUCUUCCUGCAGAAAAUCUCCGAAAUGACGCAGGAAGAAACUGAAAUCGUUAUAGCCCAGACAAAAGGGAGAGGACGCGCGCGGAAGGAAGCAGUGACAUCCAAGCCAGGAUCAUCCACGGUACAGAACACAACCCAGGCCUCGUCCCCAGCCCAGACUCAGGCCCCACAGCAGAACCUCCAGGCCGCACAGACCACCCAUUCCUUCACUGCUGUCACCCCUGACCUCAUCGUCCCGACGCCCGUGAUGACGAUGGUGCCUCCACAGCCCCCGGUGCCGCCUCCGCCGGCCCCCCAGACCCCCGCCCCGCCGGCCCCGACCCCCCAGCCCAUCCAGCCUCACCCCCCCGUCAUCCCCACGCCUGCUCAGCCCGUCAAG